CUUCUCUUUCUCAUGCUCUGUACCCUCGAGCCCUAAGAUGAGGCUUACUUUCGAAAUUGCUGUACUAAAUGUCAACCUUGUUCUAUACUUCUUAUCCUUAAUAAAAAAGAACGACUUCAUACACUUGAAACCUAACAUAUAAUUAGUUCAACCAUAUGGCAUGUUUAUGCUUGAAAAGGAUGUCAAACAAAGCCUUCGAAUCAACUACUCUUGUCUUUCUUUUACUCUCUGUGGUGUUCUCUACUCCUCCAGAGGAUCCAAUCAAGUGCACGACUUCAGAGAACACAACCUGUACUAUCACAAACUCCUAUGGUUCCUUCCCUGAUCGAAGCAUUUGCAAAGCUGCUCAAGUGUUAUACCCCACCACUGAGCAAGAGCUUGUGUCUGUUGUUGCAUCAGCAACCAGAAACAAAACCAAAAUGAAAGUAGCUACCCGUUAUUCCCAUAGCAUCCCCAAGCUGGUGUGCCCAGAUGGCGAAAAUGGGAUGCUAAUUAGCACCAAAUAUCUCAACAAAAUUGUGAAGGUUGAUGUAGAAGCAAAUACAAUGACUGUGGAGAGUGGUGUGACUCUGCAACAGUUUAUCAAUGAGGCUGCAAAGGUAGGGUUGGCCUUGCCAUAUGCACCAUAUUGGUGGGGUGUGACAAUUGGAGGGCUAAUGGGAACUGGUGCACAUGGAAGCACUUUGCGGGGGAAGGGAAGUGCUGUCCAUGAUUAUGUUGUGGGGCUUAGGAUUGUUAGGCCUGCAGGUCAUGAAGAUGGUUAUGCUAAGGUUGAGAGCCUCAAUGAACGACAUGAAGAUCUUAAUGCAACCAAAGUAUCACUCGGUGUGUUGGGAGUUAUUUCACAGAUUACUCUAAAACUAGAACGCCUCUUCAAACGAUCCAUCACGUAUGUGGCAAAAAAUGAUUCAGAUUUGGGAGACCAAGUUGCUGCUUUUGGACAUGCACAUGAGUUUGCAGAUAUAAUGUGGUACCCAAGUCAACGCAAGGUUGUCUACCGUGUUGAUGAUCGUGUUCCAUUCAAUACAUCGGGCAAUGGUCUCUAUGACUUUAUCCCUUUACGUCCCACUCCUUCAAAUAUAUCGAUUUUUAGGAGAACCACGGAGGAUAUUCAAGAAUCCACAAAUGAUGCCAUUGGAAAGUGCAUAGAUGCUAAUGCCUCAUCGAAUGCCCUAUUCACCGUAGCUUAUGGACUUACUAACAAUGGUAUAAGCUUCACUGGAUACCCUGUAAUUGGAUUUCAGAACCACCUUCAGUCAUCUGGGUCAUGCUUGGAUAGUCCUCAAGAUGCAUUGAUCACAACAUGUGGCUGGGAUCCUAGAGUGGAGGGCUUGUUCUAUUACAAUACCGCAUUUAGCAUUAGGUUGUCUGUUGUAAAAAAAUUUAUUGAAGAUGUGCAAAAGCUAGUUCAAUUGGAGCCAAAGGGAUUAUGUAUAUUAGGGCUUUACAAUGGAAUUGUCAUGCGCUAUGUCACCGCUUCAAGUGCCUACUUGGGAAAGCAGGAGGAUGCUUUAGAAUUUGAUUUCUUGUACUACCGUAGCAGAGACCCAAUGACUCCCAGGCUUUAUGAAGACAUUCUUGAAGAGGUUGAACAACUUGGGAUUUUUAAAUAUGGAGGACUACCUCAUUGGGGUAAGAAUAGGAACUUGGCAUUUCAAGGAGUCAUCAAAAAGUACAAAAACGCAAAGAAAUUUUUGAAGGUUAAAAACAAGUAUGAUCCAAAAGGACUUUUCUCAAAUACAUGGACAGACCAAGUGCUUGGGCUAAAGGAUGGAGUGACAAUAUUGAAGGAUGGGUGUGCAUUAGAAGGUUUGUGCAUUUGUUCACAGGAUAGUCAUUGCAAUCCAAGCAAAGGUUACUAUUGCAGGCCAGGCAAGGUUUACAAGAAAGCAAGAGUUUGUACUCAUUUGAAAUAAGGCCAAAUUUAUCAGAAAGGACAUUAAUGCUAUAUCGUAAGUGAUAAUAUUUAUAAAUAAAACUUACAUCUUACAAAUAAUUUAGCAAAUCGCAUUAAUUACAUUUCUUAUAAACUCUAGCCUAUACUUAUUUUUACCCUUAUCUCGUUUUGACCAGUAAUCAUUUUAAU